UGCAGUUCUUAGUUGUCCUCUCCGCCACUUACGCUCUUUUGCACUCUUCAAGCUUCUGCUUCCAUUCACGUGCAGCGAGAAAUAAAAAACCACAAAGAUGGCAAAGUCCAAGAAUCACACAAAUCACAAUCAGAAUCGUAAAGCUCACAGAAAUGGAAUCAAGAAACCUAAGCGUUACAGACACGAAUCAACUCUUGGGAUGGAUUUGAAAUUCUUACGCAAUCAGAGAUUUGCUAAAAAGCAUAAUUUAAAUCCCAAACAACAGUUGAAACGAGCAGCAGAACGUAAAGCUCUUCGUGAAUCAAAAGGAAAAUAAUUUUAUGUUUAUAAUUAAAAAUAAACUUUGAAAUCCAUCAAA